GUCAAAGCGCAGCUCGGACCAUGAUUACAUACACACCAGCACCUCGCUCAAUGAAAUAUUGCAGUUUUAUAACAAACUGGACGAUAGAUCUCACUCUACAGGUCAUGUUUUAACAUUGCACUUAAUCUAAGCGCUCGCAUUUCGUAAAGCACUCUUAUUAGCUCAGGAGAUCUCAGUAAUGGAGGAAGAGGAUGAAUGUCCAGAGUUAGUUCCCAUUAAGGAGAAGCCAACCGGACCCACAGCUCAAAUACCUGUCACCAUCAUCACUGGAUACUUGGGUGCGGGAAAGACAACACUUUUGAACUACAUAUUAACAGAGCAACAUAAUAAGCGAAUAGCUGUCAUUCUUAAUGAAUUUGGUGAAGGCAGCGCACUGGAGAAGUCUUUAGCUGUCAGUCAGGCAGGAGAGCUGUAUGAAGAAUGGCUGGAGCUGAGGAACGGCUGCCUGUGCUGCUCUGUGAAAGACAAUGGUUUAAAAGCUAUUGAAAAUCUAAUGGAGAAGAAAGGAAAGUUUGACUACAUUCUUCUAGAGACAACUGGAUUGGCAGAUCCAGGAGCUGUUGCUUCCAUGUUUUGGGUUGAUGCGGAGUUAGGAAGUGAUGUCUAUCUGGACGGUAUUGUCACAGUAAUAGAUGCUAAAUAUGGGAUGCAGCAUCUAACAGAAGAGAAGCCAGAGGGUCUCAUCAACGAAGCUGAAAGGCAGAUAGCUCUUGCUGAUUUGACCAUCAUCAAUAAGACUGAUCUAGUGAAUGAGAGUGAGCUGGUGGAGCUCAGAGAUACGGUGAGAUCAAUAAAUGGGCUUGUGAAGAUUUUGGAGACACAAAAAUCCAGGGUUGAUCUGUCUCAAGUAUUAGAUUUACAUUCAUUUGAUAUCAGCGAUGGUGUAAGGUUAGCUGAAAAGCUGCAGCUGGUGAAAACACACAAGCCACAUCUAGACAAGAGUAUGCUGACUAUAACAUUUGAAGUUCCUGGCAGCUUGUCAGAAGACCUAUUAAAUAUAUUCAUUCAGAAUCUCCUAUGGGAGAAGACAUUUAAAAACAAAGCAGGACUGGCAAUGACAGUCAUUCGGUUAAAGGGGAUCCUCUCCGUCCAGCAGAAACAGAAGAAGGUGAUGUUGCAGGGGGUCCAUGAGCUUUAUGAGCUGGAUGAGACUCCAGAGUUCUGGGCAGAUCACGAACCGAGAAUCAACCGACUCGUCUUUAUAGGUCGAAACCUUGAUGGCGAAAUUCUGAAGAAGGAGUUUAUUUCAGCCAUGUCAAAUAAAGACCGUGUGGAAUAGAUGAUAUCUGACUGAAACUGCACAAUCUACCAGUCCACGUAACACCAAGCAACAGUCAUAAGUCAUUUGUGAAAUCACUGGAAAAGACAGCUGUUUCUAUUUGCAACUCACAGUUUUGAAGGUUUGUGCCUGGGUUGCAAAUUUUGCAACAGCUUAAUAGGUGCUUUUCAUGCUUCAUGACACUUAUUUUUCCUAAACAUGUAUAACGUGAACUAAAAAUCUUGUAUGGCACAUUUCAAACCAGUAAAACUGAUAUUACCAGAAAUGUCUUAAACACAAACUGUAACUUAUUUCACAUUUACAUUAUCAUUUUCUCUAAAUAUCUAUCUGGAAAUGCAUAAUACGUUGGACACAGUGGAAAAACCCAACGUCUUUGUUUUAAGAGUAUGUCGUAUUUAAACAAUUCAUUUGGGUGAUCAACUGCUAAUCAUUUUACAUACUUUUUCACAGUGUAAAGUGUAAAAUAGCAGUGACCGGUAAAAUAAAUGUAGUCUUGAGUUA